AUGCUGGCCACUGCCGAGGGGACAAACAAGACAGGACACCAGCAGGGCCAUGGUGGAGUCCAGGGGGAGCUGGCACCAGUGUACAUGCAUCAUACACCCAUGUACUUCUUCCUGGACAACCUCUCUCUGCUGGACCUCUGUAUCACCUGCACCAUUAAGGGCCGGCUGCUGGCCAACCUGUGUGGAUCAGACAAGACAAUUACUGCCUGCGGCUGCAUCUCACACUUCUGUCUCUUCCACUGGACUAGCUGCACUGAAUGUCCCCUGCUGGCCAUGAUGGCCAUUGAUCAUUAUGUGGCCAUCUGCUGGCCCCUUCAGUACACUCUCAUCAUGUGUCCCUGGGUGUGCAUGCAGAUGGCAGCUGCAUGCUGGUCAAGCAGACUGUCCAAUGCUCUGCUCCAAGCCAUACUCACCAUCCAGCUCCCCCUCUCUGGGCACCACAUCCUGGACCACUUCUUCUGUGAGAUACCUGUGCUCAUCAAGCUGGCCUGUGGGGACACCUCUGCCAAUGACCUGGCCCAAGCUUUAGGAGCCAUGUUUUUUGCACUACUGGCUCCCAUAGUAGUGCUAAUCUCUUACACCCUCAUUGCCAGGGCUGUACUGAAGUUCCCUUCAGCUGAAGAAAGGCACAAGGCACUCAGCACCUGCAGUUCCCACUUGCUGGUGGUCAGCAUAUACUUUGGACCAGGCAUCUAUAUGUACCUCCAGCCCCCUGCUCACAGCACCCAGUCCAAGUUUAUGUCCUUCUUCUACUGCAUUAUCACCCCAGUGCUCAACCCACUCAUCUACAACUUGAGAAACAAGGAUGUGAAGAAAGCAUGGAAGAGGAUCGUGCAAUCACAGGGUGGUGUCCAGUCUUUAAAAGACAGACACAAGAUUCAAAAUUAA